AUGGCCACAAACACCGUCGAUCCUGAGGUGGCAGCUCGUGGAACCCUAGCCCUCCUGCAAACCCGUCUUCAUCGACUGGAAUUUCUUCUCUCCGGCUACAGCAAUGAGGAGGGCAUUCCCGAGCCCACCCUCGCACCUGCCAGAAGCAAUGACACGAUCUGGGCAAAGUUGCACUCACUCGAAGCCGAAGUCGUGAAAUUGAACAAGCUUAAUGGUCAAGCCGGCGAGGUUGUCCGCAAUGUAGAGCGUCUAUCGUCUACGUAUCCUGAUCUCUUCUUGCCCACAACGAGCCCUUCCGACAUACCAAGAUCCCAGGAUUUGAAUACGCUGGCCUCAAUUGUACUCUCACACGCGACCUUGUUUCCCGAGACUGCGUCGAGGCUGUCAUCUUUACAGACUCUUCAGGUUCCCCCAGCCGAACAAAGCUCGAAGCUCGCAUCGCUGAUCCCCAGACUGGCUCAAUGCAAGGAAGCUGAACGGAGCAUGGGGGAGGAUAUUCGAGAGCUUCGAGAGCGCAGCACCAGAUGUUUAGAAUGGUGGGUCAAGAUCGGCGUCAUCGGAACUGCAGACUUAUAUGAAGACUGGGAGAUAAGAAUCCACGAAAUUGAGAGACAUCUUAUCCGUUCCGAACGACGUGCGGGAGAGGAACAAGGAUAUCUAUGA